AUGCCCUGUAUACGUGACGUAUUCUGUCAUAAUGAUGAGGUUACACUUGUCCGCGUAGAGCGAAUCGCGGACUGUGGCCGUGGAAACGUGCAUGGGAAACUCCAUACGUUGGAUGUAAUGGGCGAUACGGAUCGCGUGGCGUUCAGCGCGGCCAUCGCCAUCUCUGUGGCAUACAAGGACAUCCGGGGAGGAUUUCUGGUUGUUUUCUUUAUCGUCUGUCGUAAGUUGAAUAUCUGUGUAAGAUGCGAUUGCUGGAACGAGACGCGAAUGACGGAGCACGCAGCAGCAGCAGUCAGGGAGAAAGACACUAACUCCCUUGUUGCAGCUCACUCGACGGGGCCCGGCAAUAUUUUAAAGUUUGACGAGGCAGAAAUCCUCGCAAGGAGUGACCACCGCGUGAGCCGCGAGCUGCUCGAGUCAUGCUUCUCAAGGCCGCAGUCAGCCAAAAAGCGCAACAAUUUGCCGUUCCCAUAA